AUUAACUAUUGUAUGCGAGAUUCAGACAACACCUGCAAGAUCUAAUUAGAGAUUGAGACUCUCGCAGGGAACACGGAAUAGAGGGGACCUGUUUAUUGAUUCUUCGCGUCUUUUUUUGUACAUUCUUUUCUGGAAAAUCCUCUUCUCCCCCUCCCUCGCAACCACCAUCAACGUCCAUCAUGGCCGACAAACUACAACGCCUACUCGCUACAACAUUAGCUCUAACAGACGAAUUCCAAUCCACACUCUCGACAACACCCGCUCUAUCUUCUUCAGAAAAAGAACCAAACACCAAACCCACCGAAGGACCAGCACCACUCCCUCUUCUCUCCGCUUCAGCCACCGCGCUCAAAGCCCAAGUCACGAAACUUUCCCUCCUCGCGAUCAAUGCGCCGUUCACUCCAUCUGCUGUCAACAGCGUUCUGUCCGCAAUUAACGAAUCAGUCCUACCAUCCCUACUUACUGCGGCGUUGUUGAUUACCGAUGCGGCGUAUACGAAAUCGUUCCGCGCGGAGGUCCACGCGCUUGUCAAGACUCUUUUGAAGGAGCUUUCGGGGCUUAUUGGCGACGUGAAGAAUGUUGCGGAUAAGAAGGACAGGGAGAAGAAGGGAGGGAAGAAAGAGGAGGAGCUUCCGCCGGCGGAGAAGGAUAGUGUUGUAGUAGCGACUGGGAGGGUGUGGGAUGCGUGUGAUGUGGUUGUGGAGAUUGCAGGGAAGGGUGUUGUUGGGUUCGUGAUUAAGCGGGUUGAAGAGUGGCGCGAUUUGGUGAAGGAUGCAAUUGGGGAGUUGGAAGAGUGGGAUCCCAAUGAUGAGGAGGAUGAUGAGGAUUGGGAUAAUCUCAUCAAUGGUAGUGGUGAUGAUGAUGAUAAGUCCGAGGAUGGUGACGAGGAGGAAGAAGAAGAAGAUGCAGCGGCGUUGAACGAGCAUAAGAAGAUGGCGCUCCGUGCACUCAAGCCCAUCGCGGCAAUCUAUCCCGCCAUCGUAUCCAACCGACUGAAGAAGGGUGGUCUAGAGACCCUAGCCGACGUUCUCUUGCCGUCUUCACAUCUUCGCGCACUCGAGACUUUGAUGGCGGAUCUACAGAGCAUACCAGAGCACAUUGACGAAGCUGCUGGGUCGUUGUAUGAGGCAGACAUCGAAAAGUCCUCUUCCUAUCUACGCAAAGCUAAGGGACGGGCGGUUAAAGUUGUUCAGUCGUUAGUCUUGCCCUGGACGAUGGCAGAGACAGAGGGAACAGAAGCAAAGACUCCGGAGGAAGAUAAGUUCAGCGUGUGGUCGAAGACCUGGUUGAAGGUUAUAGAAGAAGUAAUGCCGGCGCUAGAUGAGACGACGAAAUAGCCAGAGGACGAGCUUCAGACUCCCACAGGGUUCUAUGAUACCGGUCUCUAGAAUUGACGACUGACGCGAUUAUUUUAUUAACUCAGCAUGAGCAUCCUUCUGAAUUGUGAGUAGA